CCUGCAUUCGCGCAGGAACUGAAGCGGCAGAGGAGUCAAGCCUGACAGAGGAGCGCCCAAGUUGCCCGCACAAAGCAAGGCACCCCUCCCGCUGCUGCCAUUAGCCAGCUACUCGACUUCGCGCUAUUCUACGAGCUUCCUGGUGGCCGCCGGCAGUUGCCAUGAUGGGCCGUCUCCGUCUGGCCCAUCUUCUCCUGGCCGCUGCCUCCAUGAGCUUGCUCGGGGCCGAGGCGGCGUACAUCCGUUACAACACGUCGGCGGGGGUGGUGAAGGGGAAGCUGAACGUGCACAUGGUCGCCCACACCCACGACGACGUCGGAUGGCUCAAGACCGUCGACCAGUACUACGUCGGAUCAAACAACUCCAUCCAGGACGCGUGCGUUCAAAACGUGCUGGAUUCGAUGGUGCCGGCGCUGCUCAAGGACAAGAACCGCAAGUUCAUCUACGUCGAGCAGGCCUUCUUCCAGAGAUGGUGGAGAGAGCAGAGUGACAUUAUUAAGGAUACGGUGAAGGGGCUCGUCAGCUCUGGACAGCUAGAAUUCACAAAUGGGGGCAUGUGCAUGCACGACGAGGCGGCUGUACACUACAUCGACAUGAUAGAUCAGACUACAUUGGGGCACAGAUUCAUCAAGGAGGAGUUUGCUCAGAUUCCAAGAAUUGGUUGGCAGAUUGAUCCAUUUGGGCACUCUGCAGUUCAGGCUUACCUGCUUGGUGCGCAAGUAGGAUUUGAUGCUUUAUAUUUUUCCCGUAUUGAUUACCAAGAUCGUGGCAAACGGAAGGGAACAAAAGAACUUGAGGUUGUAUGGAGGGGCUCCAAGACCUUCGGCUCAUCAGCUGAUAUCUUCUCUGGCAUCUUCCCGAAUAAUUAUGAACCACCAACUGGCGAGUUUUAUUUUGAAGUUGAUGCUGAUUCGCCUAUCGUCCAGGACGAUCCCCUGCUUUUUGAUUACAAUGUUGAAGAUCGGGUGAAUGCUUUUGUUGCUGCAGCUCUGGCACAGGCAAAUAUCACAAGGACAAACCAUAUCAUGUUUACAAUGGGAACAGACUUCAAAUAUCAAUACGCAGAAAGUUGGUUCAGACAGAUGGACAAAUUAAUUCACUAUGUGAACAAGGAUGGCCGUGUCAAUGCUCUGUAUUCCACACCUUCCAUUUAUACUGAUGCAAAAUUUGCUGCAAGUGAGACAUGGCCUCUCAAGACAAAUGAUUUCUUCCCAUAUGCAGACAAGCCGAAUUCAUACUGGACAGGUUACUUUACAAGCAGACCAGCCUUCAAACAAUAUGUCCGCAUGAUGAGUGGAUACUACUUGGCAGCUAGGCAGCUGGAAGUUUUCAAAGGAAGAAGCAACUCAGGUCCCACAACAGAUAGUUUAGCUGAUGCUCUAGCUCUUGUUCAACACCACGAUGCUGUUACAGGAACGGAGCAGCAACAUGUUGCAAAUGAUUAUGCAAAGAGAUUAUCAAUUGGCUAUAAGAAAGCUGAGGAGCUGGUUUCGACUUCUCUCGCUUGCUUGAGCGAGUCUCACUCAAAAUCCCAUUGUAAAUCCCCAACAACAAACUUUGGACAGUGUCCUCUCCUAAACAUUACAUACUGCCCCCCUUCUGAGGUGAACUUUUCUCAAGGCAAAAGCUUGGUUGUUGUUGUGUACAACUCUCUUGGAUGGAAACGGGAGGAUGUCCUUCGUAUACCAGUUAUGAGUGACUCAAUUGUUGUUCAUGAUUCUGAGAGAAAAGAAAUCGAGUCGCAACUUCUGCCUAUAGCUAGUGCCUCACUGAACAUACGAGACAAACAUGUCAAAGCCUACCUGGGCACAUCACCUUCUGCACAACCCAAAUUUUGGCUUGCCUUUUCUGCUUCUGUACCACCACUUGGUUUUAACACUUAUAUUGUUUCAAGCGGGAAAAGAUCAGCAUCUGUCUCCUCGACAUCGACUAUAUACUCCCAGGGAGGUAAAAAUGGAAAACUGCAAGUUGGGCAAGGACGUUUGAAACUUCAUUAUGAUACAGCUGGAGCAUUGUCUCGAUACUCCGAUAGCAAGACUCAGGUUCAAGCAAGUUUCCAGCAGAAGUACAAGUAUUACAUAGGACAUGAUGGAAGUGGGAGUGAUUAUCAGACUUCUGGAGCAUACGUAUUUCGCCCUAUAGGUACAGUUCCUAUAAAGACUGAUGGUCAGGUUCCUCUCACAAUUCUGCGUGGGCCCAUAUUGGAUGAAGUGCACCAGCAGAUUAAUUCAUGGAUUUAUCAGAUAACCAGAGUUUACAAGGCAAAGGACUAUGUGGAAACCGAAUUCAUAAUUGGACCAAUACCAGUAGAUGAUGGAAAUGGAAAAGAAUUAUCAACUGAAAUUGUUACAAACAUGGCAACAAAUGGAAUAUUUUAUACCGAUUCCAGUGGGCGUGAUUUCAUCAAAAGGGUACGAGAUUAUCGCUCGGAUUGGAAGAUCGAAGUGCAUCAACCUAUUGCCGGAAACUAUUAUCCUGUUAAUCUUGGCAUUUAUGUGGAAGAUGGCAGCAAAGAGCUGUCUGUACUUGUAGACAGGUCUAUUGGAGGUUCCAGCAUAAAGGAUGGACAAAUAGAGCUAAUGCUACACAGGAGGCUACUCUAUGAUGAUGGCCGUGGUGUUGCAGAAGCAUUAAAUGAAACAGUCUGUUUCGACAAUCAAUGUGAAGGACUAGUUAUUGAAGGUAAAUACUAUCUCAAAAUUGACCCACAAGGAGAAGGAGCUAGGUGGCGACGUACAUUCGGUCAGGAAAUAUAUUCCCCUUUCCUUCUUGCUUUCUCAGAGCAGGAUGGAGGUAAUUGGGUGAAUUCGCAUGUUCCUUCAUUCUCGGCAAUGGAGCCGACUUACAGCUUACCUGAUAAUGUUGCAUUGCUUACCCUUCAGGAACUCGAAGAUGGAAGUGUUCUGCUUCGGUUGGCUCACCUAUAUGAGGCUGGAGAGCAUAAGGAUCUCUCAGCUCUGGCAAGUGUCGACCUCAAGAGGGUAUUCCAUGAUAAAAAGAUUGGCAAGAUCACUGAAACAAACCUAUCUGCAAACCAAGAGCGUGCCGCCAUGGAGAAGAAGAGGCUGAAAUGGAAGGUGGAAGGGCCUCCCUCUGAAGAAAAUGUUGUCCGUGGAAGAUCUGUGGAUCCUUCCAACCUCGUAGUCGAACUGGGGCCAAUGGAGAUCCGCACAUUCGUUAUCAGAUUUGACCAUCGAUAAGAAGAUAAACUAAUAUACCAAACUUUGGAGCUGAGCUUCUUGGAGAGAUGGAAUGGCAAUGAUAGCUUUGUUUUUCGAAAAGAAGGUAAAACCCCGGCCUCUGCAUCGGUAGGCAAAGCCAGGUAGCAGUGAUAGCUGAUGUUAUAGUGUUUCUUUUUACUCCACUGUUGCAAUUUUAAGCCUGGCUCCUCUUUGUGAUUAGCAAUAAGAAAUAAUGCGGCCAUGGUCGUCUCAAGCAUCACCAGCUUGUGCUAGUGGAGAGCUGCAUGUUCUGACUUGCACCACUCCAAUAAAAAGUUCCUUUGGCUUGGUUAUA